AUGGGCGUGAGCAGGCCACUGUUUUGUCUGGUCCUGACUUUAGUGAUUGCCCGCGCCAAAUCUCGAUGUGUCUCGUGUCCCCCUAGUUCAGAGACGACGUACAAUGUCCACCUGAUCCCUCAUUCGCACAUGGAUUUGGGUUGGCUUAAGACCGUAGAGCAAUAUUACUAUGGAACCAAUGCUAAAGUCACUCCGGACGCUGUUCAAUACAUCUACGAUUCGGUCCUGAAAGAGCUGUCCGCUGACGAGGAACGAAGAUUCAUCUUCGUGGAAACUGGAUUCUUCUCGAUGUGGUGGGAGAAAAGACCCGAGAGCCGAGAGCUCUUCAGGGAGCUUCUGGAGAGAGGACAAAUUGAGUUCAUCAGCGGCGGUAUCGUCAUGAACGACGAGGCUUGUACUCAGUACGAUAACAUCAUCGAUCAGAUGUCUUUCGGGCUCAACACAUUGCAACGCUUAUUCGGCACAUGCGGUGCCGUCGAGACCGGUUGGCAAAUCGAUCCUUUCGGCCACUCGAAGCAAUACGCCUCGAUUCUGAGAGAGAUGGGCUUCAAACAGCUCUUCUUCGGUCGUAUAGAUUAUCAAGAGAAGAAAUUCAGGCAGGAGACUGCGAACAUGGAAUUCAUAUGGAAAUUCGACGACCUCAAGAACAUCACCGUAUCUGUGACGCCGGAUAAUUACCGAGCCCCGCCAGGCUUCUGCUUCGAUAUCGGCUGUGACGAUCCAGUCUUGGUGACCGACGUCGAUUCGGAAGAGUAUAACGUGAAGGAGCGAGCAGACAUCUUUGUGAACUGGGUCCGGAAUAACUCGAAAUUCUACAGGACGAACAAUCUGCUGGUCACUAUGGGCGAGGAUUUCAAUUAUAUGGACGCUCACAAAUGGUUCUCGAACAUGGACUCGCUAAUCGAAUACAUCAACCGCAACAACUAUACCGUUGAACGAGACGGCGAAUACCUCGAGAUGAACUUGAUUUAUUCUACGCCAACCUGCUAUAGCCGAGCCAGUGCACAUCAAAAUUACUCUGUCAACAGAGCCGAUUUCUUCCCUUACGCCUAUCCAGAUGAGCACUCUUUCUGGACCGGCUAUUUCACGAGCAGACCCUCCUUCAAAUACCUCGUGCGUUGGGCCACAGGGAUCUACCGCGCGGCGUCUCAGAUUUUAUCUGAAAUAGUACAAACCGGAUACCUGGACUCUUUGCGACAUUCUUUGGCCAUAGCUCAGCACCAUGACGCAAUCACCGGCACAGCGAAGCAGUUCGUCAACGACAACUACGUGAAACUUCUGUCGGACGGUGUCCAAAGAGCGGUCAAAACCCUCGGUGCAGCACUCGGCAAACAGAUUGAGUUCUGUCCCCAAUUGAACGUUUCGCGGUGUCCGCUGACAGAAGACUUGCCACCAGAGGGGCUCCCGGUGGUGGUUUACAAUCCCCUGGCCUUCAAUAUCUCUACCUUCUUGCGAUUCCCCCUGAGAGAUGCGAAUGUGGAGGUCCAUGACGAACUCGGUUCGAUAAUCAAGGCAUCGGUGACGACAAUAUCGGAUGCGGUAUUCAAUCUUGCCGAAAGACAGUCAUCGACCAGAUUCGAGCUCUGUAUCCCCGUCACCAUAGGCGCAUUGAAGUUCCGUCAUCUGAGGAUCAGCCCAGCGAGAUCUCGGAGGUCCCCUGGCCGAUCGGCACAAAAGGUCCGGGAUGGAACGUCCGUGGUGAAAGCUGGAGAUGUUGAAGUCGGCAUCGGUCAUGGUGGGAUCCAGUGGAUCCGAGCGAAAGGAAAGCUCACGAAGAUCGGGCAGACUUUCGGGUACUACCAGAGUACUUGUUCCAAUGGAUCGCGUGCGUCUGGAGCGUACGUUUUCCGGCCGGAUGGACCGAAAAUCGCUGUCGUCCUGAGAGGGGAGAAGCAAGUUAACAGCGACGACUUCGUCGAGAUUCGACAGACUUUCUCAGACAAUGUCUACCAGAACACGCGGGUUUACUCCUCGAAGGCAUAUGUUGAGGCCGACUGGAUCGUCGGGCCCAUAAAUGUCUCCGAUAACAUAGGAAAAGAAUUCGUCAUGACAAUCCGAACCGACGUAGUUUCCAACGUCACUUUCUUCACUGAUUCUAAUGGUCGGGAUGUGAUCGAGCGAGUGCGAGACUUUCGAGAGAACUGGAACUCAAAGCUCAGCGAGCCCGUGUCUGGAAAUUACUAUCCCAUAACAUCGAGAAUCAACAUCAACGAUGGGGAUCAUCAUGUGACGUUCCUCACCGAUCGAGCCCGAGGCGGCACAAGUCUACAAUCGGGCUCGAUAGAGCUCAUGCUCCAUCGCAGAUGUUUGUGUGACGAUCGCUUCGGUGUGAACGAAGCCUUGAACGAGUCCGGCGUUGACGGCAGAGGUCUGCAAGUCAGAGGGACCUUCCGAGUUUUCUUCGGUGACGCUCCAUCACGUGCCGAGGACCUUCAGAUGACCCCGCCGUUCGUGUUCUUCACUGAAGAAAGGUUCUCCGGCGUAGGUCUUUUGAAUGUAGGUCCUGUUGAGGGGAAGAUUCAUAUCGUGACCUUCUCCUGUCUCGACGACCGAGAUUAUCUCUUGAGGAUCGAGAACAUCAGUGGAGAAUCGGUGCGCUUGGACUUCCCGGAGUUCAUAACCCAACGCUACCUCCGCAUAAGAGAAAUGGACUUGGCAGGGCUAUCCGCCAUAGCAGCGAUUGAAGACACUGUGGAAAUAAUGAGUCAUGAGAUCAAGACUUUCCUCGUCACGUUAUAG